AUCACUGAUAUUAUACAAGUCCAGUCAGUACUACACCUAACUCUUCAUUUCUAGCUCUACUGACUGACCAUCAACUAUGCUGGCCUGCAGAGUCUUUCAUGAACAUAUCAGGUCCAUCUAUCGCAGAAGUUUACCGUACCUCCGUCAAAUCUCCAAACACGAUGAUCGUACUACAAGACUCCAUGUCACACAGAGUCGAGCAGCUUUCUGUCAAGCUCGGCGGUUCUGCGAACGGUCACAACGGGGUCAAGAGUAUAAUAUCUUCCCUUGGUGGCGAACAAGGGUUUUACCGCUUUCGGCUUGGAAUUGGAGAGCGAGGUGGUACGGAUGCGGCGAAUUUUGUUAUGGGAAAAUUGACCCCACAUGAGAGAGAGUUUUGGACUGAGGAAGGGCUAGAUAGGGUUCUUGAAGCGAUAGAGAUUGUUGCUCAGAAAGCUGCGCGUUGAAACGGUGAUUGUGCAACAUACUCACGCGGACAUUUCGUCGUCAAUCAGAACAAGUGAACUUUCAAGACGGGUAACCACUCUAAAGCCAAAGACAUCGGGAGGCCUUGAUAGAUGCAGAACAUGCCGAUGCGGAGGGCGACAAAGGAGUCAGAGAAGAAAGCAAUGAGCUCAGAGGGGUUCGCUCGUCUUGUAAAUUGCUUGUCGUGAUGGAAAGCAGUCAAAGUAUACUUCAAUCGACUGCGAGCCGACCUUACUUCGGAUAGAGGGGUACCUUUAUACAAAUAUUUGUUUUUGCGUUGGUAGAAUACGAUGUGCGUCGAGCUCUGAAAGUCUGAAUUUCGACAAGCCGAACUGCCUGUUACCGCGCCGGAUAAGGCGUCACGCCAUUGUGUGUCGCAAUGUCACCGGUGCGUCACAAACGCGAUCGAGCGCCAGGGAAAUUAACGCCCAUUUUA